AUGGCUUUCCUCUUUCGCAAUAAGCAGAAGAGCAACCUCGAGCUCACGCGAUCAAUCAAAGAGCUGGUCCUGCGCUUGAGCCAGGAAGACAAGGCCAAUCCCAAGCUGGAGGAGGGACUUGCGCUGGACUUGCAACAGAUGAAAGUCCGGCUACAAGGCACUCCUGACACAGAAGUCAACCCAGAGGCGGUGUUCCAACUCCUUACGAAUAUCCUCAACGAAGACUUGCUCUAUGCUUUGGCUUUGAAUAUACAUAAACUUCCGUUCGAGUCGCGAAAGGACACGCAAGUAAUUUUCUCGACUGCCUUUCGGUACAAGCCCGCGGGUCAACCAGAGCCCCAAGUUCUGCAGCAUGUUGUGCAAUACCGGCCAGACAUCAUCAUUGCAUUGUGUCGAGGAUACGAUCGACGGGAAAGCGCAAUGCCAUGUGGCGGCAUACUGCGGGAAGCACUGAAAUACGAUGCCAUUGCAGCGUUGCUUUUGUACGAUGAGCCACUGGAGGAUGGAAAGUCGGUCGAUUUGGCGAAUGUGAAUCCCGACCUCCCCUCGUCUGGAAACGGAGUGUUCUGGAAGUUCUUUGGGUGGAUAGACAAGGGCGCGUUUGAAGUGAGCGCAGAUGCGUUCAAUACUUUUAGGGAAAUUCUUACCAAACACAAGCCACUGGUGGCUACUUUUUUGCAGACCAACUUUGACGCAUUCUUUACGAAAUACAACACCAUGCUGGUAGGGUCAGAGAGCUAUGUGACGAAACGGCAGUCGAUCAAGCUUCUGGGUGAGAUUCUUCUGGAUCGGGCCAACUACAAUGUCAUGACACAAUAUGUGGACUCUGGAGAGCAUCUCAAGAUCAUCAUGAAACUGUUGCGGGAUGACAGGAAGAUGAUCAACUACGAGGGCUUCCACGUCUUCAAGGUCAGUAGUACACGAUUUCAUGGCAAUCAAAGGCGGAUGCUCAUCCAAGUACCCAGUAAUCGCGAAAAGCUGCUACGCUUCCUCCCCUCAUUCCUCGAAGAUAGGACGGAGGAUGAGCAAUUCAUCGACGAGAAGAGCUUCCUCAUUCGACAGAUUGAGCAGUUACCCUCUGCACCCAUGCCGCCGCCGCCGCCUCCUCCUCCUCCUCCAGCGGUGUAG